AUGGCCGCAAGUCAUGUAACCUAUUGUGACACUUCCGUUUGUGAAAUACCUAUCCAUAACUGGCAUGGUGAUGUUCGCUACGGUAUACCACUUGAUGUUGGCGAUUCUGUUGAAAUUCUGGAAGAAUGUGGGAAAUGGUAUCGAGGUACAUCCCCACGUAGAUCGCGUGCAGUUGGGCUUUUUCCUAAAACUUACAUACACAUAAAAGAUCUUACAAAAAUCGAUCCUGUAGUAGCAGAAUGUACACAAGUCUUACGGGAAUGGUCUGAAAUAUGGAAAAAGUUGUAUGUGGAUCGAGAAGCAUACAAAUUUCAAACGCUGCGAAAAGUAAUGCUUUCUAUUCUGGAAAGUCGUAGAGAAUUACUGGGUGCAACAUUAACACAGGAUCAGACUUUAGAAUUGCAAAUGAUGGUUGUGUCAAAAAUUGAUUGGGGAAAUCGGUAA